AUGUCAGCUUCAUUUGGGCGACUCCAGGCCUCCGCGGUUGCAGCGACGCAGGAGCUUACUCUCGCGGCCGCCAACAUCAACUUCGACUUUACACUUGUAAAAUACGAGGCACCAAAGGAAUUCCAACCUCUAGGGGAGCUUCUGACAUGGAAAAGAAAACAUGAAGCAGAAAGUGGUAGAUCCCAUAUCACCGCACGACGUCUCGGAGCCUUGUUCGACGGCGUUUGUCCAGACACCCCGAACCUCAUCAAGGCUUAUGGAACACGAGUUGCAGAAGUCUCGAAGCAAGCAGUCGACAACGAGCCCAAAGAGUACCAGGAUUCCAUCUUUUCGGCGUACACCGGCGUGGAUGGUACUUCGAUUUGGGCAGCAGCUACCUCGUCGAAGACGGCGAUCCAUGUCCACAUGCUUGCUUGCAUGCUAGCAGAGUUUUGGGAUCCCCCUGAAGCCGUAUCUAUCUGGGAGGAGCUUGUCGCAGAAAGAAGAAGAGAUAUCGCAACUCGCUUAGAACAGGGGGAGCCCAUGCCUAUCGCCCUCGCUGCUGCGGCACAACAGGACAUCUCGCGACAAGAUUUAGCCGUCUUGGAUGCCAGCGCCCGGGCGUGGACCCAGACAGCUAGGACAGUGAUGCGUGUCAAUUACACACAGCUCAAACUCAUCUUGAAGAAUCUGGACGCUUUUGUCAAUGAACAAACAGAUGUGUUCGGUGGAGUGACUGAGGCAUGGAAGCUUACUUUAGAGACAAUGGAGAAGCUUGUAUCUGGAAUACCACAAGAAGCUCGCCGCGGAGCAGCGGUACUGGGCAUAUCAGCCUGGCACAUAUAUCCAGACAUCCACGUAUUUGGGGCCAGGAAUGUGGAGGUUCAAAUGAACGAUCCUUUGGUACAGAAAGGGGGCAUCUUGUCUCUCGGUUGCUCACAGUCAGAUUCACAUCCCGGGGUGCAUUGGUCCCUCUGUCUCAACCACUUCAAGUUCUACGGCUCUUCUGUGCAAAGGAAGCAAACCUUGCAAGAAAAUCCCAAUAUGGUACCAUUUCGGAAUUUUCACUAUGCAAUUAUCGGAGCAAUCUUGAGCAAUUGGGAGACAUCAACUGAGGAAAUUUCCACAGGCCUUCAAGUCUUCAUCAGUCUCUGUUCACUCAUGUCUGCAGAAGAUCCUAACAUUGCGAUCAUGCUCAAUUCAACGGAGAUAGCGGCACAAGAGUGCCGAGAUGAUCCCACUACCCGAAUAAAGUAG